GCUUUAAACUCCACGCGUGUCUGUGUUUGCAUGAUUAAACCCGGAGCUUAUUUACAAACACGUCCAGUUCCCGUCUCACGUGCGCAUCCGUCGAUGCACGCUGGUGAGUAUUUUAUUUUGAAAAGGCAAACCGGCAGUGGCGCCGUUUGUCUCGUGGAGCUUCACACCGGCUCCAGCUGUCAGAGCUCGGUCGGCUCGUAGAGACAGCGGGAUGCCAGGCAGCGCGCUCCGACACACGGCGUCCGUUUUACCGUCGCCCGGCGUCGCCUCUCGGCCACGGCAACUCUGAUGGGCGUUUUCAUUUGCCCUUUACCGUCCUCCGCGCUCGGAUAUUUUCGGAAGCCGCGAAAUGAAGCGAAUGAAUGUGAGCAACAAGAAGUGUCCUGUUGUUGUGCCUGUCUCCAGCAUCUCUAGUCAAGUCCUCUCGGUGGAUGCGGUGCCUCUAUGAUCCUUAGUUGUCUGGAUUUUAUGUAGUGUUCACUAGUGGACUAUCCAACUUUUCCCUGCUUUUUGUUGUCUUUUUCGAGGUUUUCCGUGUGUGAAACAAAGCUUUCGGGAUACACCAACUCCGGAAAACCAGCGACUUGACAUCAGCUCCUGGCGGAAUAACCAUUGUAGCGGUUAUUCGCCUUUACAAGCAUCUUCUCUGGGGCCACGCUGGAAGUCGCCCCCCAUGUGGCCGUCGGGAGCGGGGAGCAGGCAGCCCUGCCCGCGGGAGUCGGCGCUGCGCAGGGCGGCCGUCAGCGGCAACAUCAACGCCCUGCCGCCGCACCACGUCCCCACAGGCCGCAGCGUCCGGGUCUUCAUCUGUGCCAACCCCGACGACACAGAAGCAGAGAGGAACGCACUGAAAGAGCACGUCUACCCCAAACUACGAGACUUCUGCAGGGAGAACUACGGCAUUGAAUUCCAGGUGGUGGACCUGUACUGGGGCGUGGACCCGGAGGAGUGGGACAGCCCCGACCUGCAGCGGCUGCGCAUGAAGCUCCUGGAGGAGUGUCUGAAGACGUCGGCGGGGCCGUGCUUCGUGGGCCUGGUGGGAGAGAAGUACGGCAGCAUCCGAGUGCCGGGGGAGGUGGACUCGGCGGAGUUUGAGAUGAUCUUGGACGCAGCUGUGGAGGCGGGACUGGACACACACAUCUUGGAGGAGUGGUACUGCAGGGAUGAAAACUCCGUACCACCCGCAUACUACCUCAAACCCAAAGCCCAAAUGCUCAAGAACUACCAGAACUCUAUGGAGUCCAGCAGCGUAGCCAAGACCAAGAACGACAAGGCCUGGAGAAACGUGUCGGAGGAGAUCAAGAGGAUUUUCCGAACGGCAGUGCUGCAGCUUCAGGAGAAGGGGACCAUGAAGAGCGCUCAGGCCAAGAAAUUCCUUUGUUCUGCCUUGGAGGAUGAAUUAGACUUCGCCCUUGGGAAACAAACGCCUGCCUUUCUCAGGAAAUGCGUGUGCUACAUUCGCAAGAUCUCCAACUUCGACCGCUUCGCCAAGCUUCCGGAGAUGACCCGAUACAUGGACAUCGUGGUCAGCGGCGAUCGCGUCAUGCGCAACCAGGAAGCCUACGAACGCCUUCUGAAGGUGCGGGAUGAGUUCAUCCCAACCGUCGUCGCUGCCUCCAACCUCCGCGUCUACUCUUCAGUCACCCACUGUGACAUGAAGCUGGGCUACUCUCAAGAAGUGGAAAGCCACUAUGUGGAGGGUCUGUGCAAGCAGUUCUACGAGGACAUGGUGGAUAUCAUCCAAGCCACGGUCCAGCAGAACUUUGACACAGAGACAGACCCAAUGUACGACGAAAUCCUGCAGCACCUCUCCCUGUGUAAAAACUACGCAGCCCUUUACGAAUACAAGACUGAGUCACUGGAUUAUGUGCAGGAGUACCUCAUGCCCUCCAAGGGGAGCAGAAUGAGCCCUCUAGUGGUGUACGGGGGUCCGUGCACUGGGAAGACACUGCUACUGUCUGAGGCUGCCAAACAGGCGUACACGUGGCUGCAGAAAGAGAUGGGCCCUGAAACUGACCCAGUAGUCAUCACGCGUUUUAUAGGCGCCACACAGCUCUCAACAGACCUACGCACGCUUCUCCAGAGCAUCUGUGAACAGAUUGCAACAAACUACCGCUGCCUGAUUCACUUUUUGCCUAACAAGAUCCAAGAGAUGAGGGAGCUCCUGAUCAAUCUUCUAGGGGAGUCUUCAUUCCACAGGCCCUUGGUCAUCAUCCUGGAUGCCCUAGAACAGCUCUCAGAUGCUGAUGAAGCUCGCAAGCUGUGGUGGCUACCCAUACACCUGCCAAGGACCGUCCGUAUUAUAGUUUCAACAUUACCAAAUAAACAUGGCAUCCUGCAGAAGCUCCGACACCUCAUCCAUGAUGAGGGGUAUUAUGUUGAAUUAAUCCAGAGAGACCGCAAGGUCUGUAGCCAAACAUUAAAACAGCAGUUGCUGGGAGUGAAGCGCAAAGUCACCUCAGGUCAGCAGAUAUAUGUGAAUGAAGCACUUGCAAAGUGUACAUUGCCCAUGUUUGUGAACCUCAUUUACAGAGAAGUAGUUCAUUGGAGGUCUCACAAAGAUGUGGAUGACAAGUCUCUUUGCUCAACAGUGCACGAAAGCAUUGAGCAUCUCUUCUACUCAGUGGAGAACAAGUUGGGCCAAAGAUUUGUAUUCAGAGCAUUAGGGUACAUCACCAUGGCCAAAGCUGGACUAACUGAAGUCGAGCUGGAAGAUAUUCUCUCUCUGGAUAACAUUGUUCUGGGGGAUGUGAUUGUGGCAACCUACCUUAAAAACCCUUUGAGGAUCUCAUAUGACUUGGUUGCAAGGCUCAAAGAGGAACUUGAUGGUUAUCUGGUGGAACGUCAAAUACGAAACGUCACUCUGAUGGUCUGGGCCAACCGACAUCUGCAUCUCAUUGCCCAGAAGCUGUAUCUUAGCAAUGAGGAGGACGUGCACCAAAUGCACAGCCUCCUUGCAGAGUACUUCCUUGGUGCAUGGUCUGGAGGCAGGAAGAAGAUCUUCACCUAUGAUAACAACCACUUCACUUCUCUGAACAUAUCGCAUCACAAAAACCCUCACCAUCAACAGUCCCACGAGAAAACAUCUUCUGACAAGUACUCCUAUGACAGACAGACCCCAGAGCAGCCUUGGGUUUUUCAGUGUAACCUCUUGGAGCCUGACAUUUUCUUCGUCAACCAUAGAAAGAUGACAGAGCUCGUGUACCAUCUCUCCCGGAGUGGCCGCACUGAUGACCUAAUGUUCGGUGUCAUAAUGAACUUCAGCUGGCUCUAUACAAUGAUCAAAAUUGGGCAGUUUGAGAAGGCUUUAACAGACAUCGACCUAGCUUACAGCUACACUCAAGAAAAAGAACUGAAGUUCCUGGCUACCACUCUGCGUAGUAUCAAGGUAAAGGUUCUAAAGAACCCUGCAUCACUGUCUGCAGAACUUCAACAAAGGCUUCUGCCAGUUGUCACCUCCCUCCCGAAGCUCAGACAUCUCCUCCUGGAGUGCGACAAAGAUGGCCCAAAGUACUGCUCCAUUGUGCCUCUCCACUCCUCUAUGGAUGUGACUUACAGUCCAGAGAGGCUUCCUCUGUGCUCUAGCUACAUGCAGAUUGUGGACAUCUUGCCUACUUUAGCUCCAAAUAUAGUCCUUGUAGCCUUGGAGGACGGCUCCGUAAGCACCUGGGAUGUAGAGAGCAGACAACUACUAAGACAGAUCGACACAGCCAGAUCUGUUGUGCUGGGAAUCAGACUAACUACUGAUGAAAAAUACCUGGUUGUGGCCACAACCAAAAACACGCUGCUUAUUUAUGAUAAUCACAAGUCCUGCCUUUUAUCUGAGGUUGAAAUCAAGGGAUCCAAGCAUGGUGGCAUAACAGGUGGAGUGGCCUUCAUCAAUGGUUUCACUCUGUCCACCCAUCAUGCCUUGGCUUGGCUUGAGGCCAGUAAAGACGUCAAUGUCAUUGACCUUCUCUAUGGUUGGCCUCUCUACCAGUUCCACUGCUGGUAUGAAGUGACUUGUGUUCAGUGCUCUCCAGAUGGAAUGUAUGCCUUCUGUGGUCAGUACCUCAACACUGCAUCCGUCUUUCACCUGGGAAACGGAGACAAGCUGGCCACUGUGACCUCUGAGUUUUCUGGGGGGUUUGUCAAGUCCAUUCUGGUUCUGGACACGCUAAGUCAAAUGGUGAUGAUUGACAAUGAAGGCAGUUUGUCAGUAUGGAACACCAAAGAGAUCACCAACCCGAAGCUCAUGGAGGAUUAUGACUGUAGAGGGGAUGAGAGUGAAGUGGUAGGUAUUGAGUUAUCUGAAGACCAGCGCUCUGUUCUUAUUUGCAAGGCCAGAAGUAUCGAAGUUCUGGAUACAAAAGUAUGGAAAAUGGUAGAGAAGUUCAAAGCGAAACGCAGUGAACGAUUUGUGGCUGCUGUGCUCUCAAAAAAUGGACAAAGCAUUGUGGCCUCCAUGGAAAACACCUCCUCCAUCUUUGUGUGGAGACGGGACAGUGGACAGUGUAUGGCCAGCCUGAUUGAGAUCUCAGGGGCCAUCGUCAAACUCAUUAAAUCGGUCCACCACAACCUGCUGCUUUCCGUCGCAAGCAGUGGAGUGCUGUCUGUUUGGGACAUUGAUAUAAUCACUGCCAUGUCCAAUAUUGACAAAACAGGCAAAAAGAUCCAAACCUUGCAGCUGUCUGGCAGAGAGGAUUACGUGUUUACAAUGGAUGGUUCAGAGGCUGUCCACAAGUGGAACUUCAGCACUGGCUUUAUUGAGACAGUCUUCAAACAUGAGGGCAUAGUGGAGAACUGCGUUCUUACUACUUCAGGGGAUCUAAUGGUGACUUCUGAUGACAAGUCCAGUCAGUAUAUUUGGCAAACCACCACGGGAGAAAAUAUUUUCCGCAUCAACGGACAGAGAAUAUCUCAACUGCUAAUCACCCACAACGACCAGUUUGUAGUGUCCCUCUGUGAGCAGAACGCCUCCAGAGUCUGGAGGCUUGGAACUGGCCACAAAGUGUGCAACAUUUUAGUGACCCUCCAGAACGCAGUGAUCACCACAGCAAACACAUUCCUUGUGGGGACUUCCAAAAACAAGCUCCUCGCAGUUAGCCUGUGGUCGGGCAGCGUAUCCAAGAAGUUUGUGUGCGAUGACGGUAUUACCAUUGUCAACUUCAAGCUCAUUCCUGACUGCCCUGACUGCGCUGUGUUCAUCACAUCCACAGAGACUGUCUUUAUCUGGAGUGUGGCAGAUGAGUCAAUUUGCAGGCGAGUCCAAUUGCCGACAAACUUUCUCAAAAAUUUAGAAGACUUCCAGAUCUCGCCCAAUGGAAAACUAGGAAUCGUAUCUAAGGGGGAUGAGAAUAUCAAUGUUCUGGACCUGCACACUGGGAAACUGAGGCUUGUCCAUGCUGCUGGUAUAAUCUGGCGACAAAAGUUAUCGAGGGACGGACGGUACCUAGUUUACGUCUGUUUCCGAAACUGUGAUGAAGAUGACGAUGCCGGUGUUGUCUCCAAUCUGAUCGUGAUGCGUCUUGCUGAUGGUAAGAGCAUCGGAACGUGCUCCCUAUACAAGACGCCAACCUUUCUGUCUCUCUCCCAGCGAGCAUUAAACAUCAUCAUUGGAUUUGAGGAUGGCAGCAUCGGCACUUAUACGGUAGUAGACCGCGUCGACGCCGCCCUCAAGAUAAAGAUAGCCACCUCCAACAGCCGACAGAUUGUCAACAAUGCCUCACAGAAGGUGCGGCCCAAGUGCGGGAACCAUUCCUUUAAGACUGUCGCCGACUGCAUUUGGAGGGAGUCGACAGAGGUGUUCUCCAGGGACAGCCCCAUCAAUGUGUCAGACUCUGGCGAAGGUGAGUCAGUCACGCCUACAAAAAAGGACUGAGCAUAGAUGAGUGGAUCACUGAGGUGAUUAAGAUUUGAAUCUCGGGUUGCAGUUGAUUCUUGUUUACAGCCACGUGAUUCAGCUGCAGAUGUCAGCCCUCUGGGUAGUUAAUGGGCCGACAAUUUUAACGCUGCACUCAAAUUAUGUAUUACUUACUUCCAACUUAUGAAACCGUUCGUUUUACACAUUAAGACUGUUAGAUUUUUUUUAGAAGAAUUUAUGUGGUAUUAGUUUGCCAUUAUGUGUCCUUCUGCAUUUGAAGAACAAAGGUAUUAUUGAGACGUCUUAAUCAAGCAUUUCAAAGCCAUUCCAGUGAUUUUAGCCACUUUCCUUUGACACGCUGUAUUCACCUUUAUUUACAUUGUGCAUAUUAAGCCAUAAUGUUGUUCUUAAGAUUAUAUUUAUGUUUGUAUUUACAUCAGUCAGUACUGUACAAAAAGAAAGAACUAUGAACAUAUGUACAUAUCUCUUUUUGGCUGCUGCAAUUUGUGCAACUCCUUAAAAUGUUAAGUUGUGCUUAAUGCAAUCAAAGUGAGUGCCUGGAACUAAAAAUGUUCUUUAUGUGCGGAUUACAAGAUUUAUGAAAAUGCAGGGAAUUUGUAAACAUAGUAUAUACACAUACUGUAUACUUGCAUUAAAGCUAAAUCUGAAUGGUCAGUGUACUUAAAUUUAGUCAACGACAUCAAGAGAUUGAUGGCAUUGCUCUUUGUAAUGAUCGAUCAUUACUUUGUAAUGAUCUGUCAUUCCUUAGAAGUUCCUAGAACAGUUUUCGUAAUUCUGAUGUGAAUUUCUCUGUGGUUUCAUCGAUAUGUAUGCUGUACUUAAGGGAAACACCACUAUGGAGCAUACAGUGUAGCAUAGCACCAUACACGUUCACGCCUUAACCAGUGUACUUGCUUUAGGUUUAGUGGAGUUUGCUCAGAUGUUCCAGUAGAACAGGACAGAGUGAUUAGCCCAGCGUUUUACUGAAACAAUUUGGAGAUGUGAAUAUUUAGAGGUUUAAACUGUAGAUGGAAGCACUUUGAGUGGUUUGUGACAAAAUAUUAGAUUUAUUGAUAUGAAACGUUGUAUAACUAGUUAUUAAGUGAGUUGUCUUAAAACAGGUCUCAGAUUUGCCUGCAAGAAUAAACAAGGCCUUCCGGGUACUUUCAGGCUAGGUUUUUUAUCUACAAAUACAAAUGUCUUUCCCACAUUCACGGACUUGCGUUUGGUUGCAGGUUUCAUGUGAUGAUAUACAAACACAGGUUCUGAAAUUGUUCCUGAGCAAAAUUUCAUGUCCUCUAAUGUUUUCGGACCCUCAUAUGAGCCAAUAGGUGUCUGACUCUGGUACUGUAACAUCGUGAUGAGGAGGAUGAAAUAGAAGCUGAUAAAACAUCACUCCAGUUUAUUUUAUCCUGUUGUAUUUCUCACGAUGACUGUUGUGGCCUUAGUCAUACUACCUUUGCACUUGACACUUCCAUUGUAGAGAUUUGAGGAAAUGAAAAUUGGCACAGAAAACACACACUACUCCAAAUAAAUGCCAUUAUUACUGUCCAUUUACUUUCCAGUCUUUUCAUUUUCUCCGAGUCUGACUAAAGGAAAGCACAGAAAUGUGGCAUCUACAUCCACAACUCUGAUUGAACUAAACUCAUCUAACUGUAACUCACAGCCCCAGAGCUGAUUAAACACCGCUGUAAAUGUUCUCGUUUCGUCCUUUUUAUGCGUGGACAAAGAGAGACUUGCACAAACCAUGUCCAGGGGUGUCUGCAGAUGUGAUGUUUGCUGCCAGUGGGACGCACAUUUUUGUAAUAUCUCACAAAGCUUUUUACGCAUCUGGGGACAUAUCGAUUUCCCCAGUUUGGCAUUAUACAGUGGAGUCUCUAGAACAAAAGCUGUCCUUAGUCAGUGGUCAGGACUGCACCAACGUUAUAAGGAACUCGCCAUAAUGCAUUGUUUUUAUUUGGACUACGUAUACUGUACAAGUUUCUUGUACAAGUUGACAUCUGAGCUUGGACAGAUGACAUUCCUCUCACAGCAGUAAAUGCGGAGUUGGAACAGCACAUCACUGUCCAGUGCUCCUAAUAAGUAAGCUGGAUAAAAAGGGGACUUGUGAUGCUUGAUUUGGUUUUACAUAUUAGUCAAUAGUCUCCAUCAAUACAUUAUGUGAUGUUUAAGUUUAAAGGGCAAACACAUACAUGUACAGUGUAAUCCCUUGAUUUAAAACAGCUAAGAAGAAGGCUAAUUUGAUCUCCGGUUCCUCCCCCCGUUUCUAGACUGCAUCUGUUGUGUUCUUUGGUCGUGACCAUGAGGGGAGUGACUGGUGCUGAUAAUAGUCUUGAGUGGGACACUGUAAACUGUCAAAGCAGACUGUCAGUGCAGGAGACAAAAACUUGCAAACCUGAGAAAACAAAAUACAGAACAUUGGCCAAACUAAAACCAUUUCCCUAACAGUCAGCCUGAAAAGAACAUGGAAUAAAGGAAAUCAGAAAUAGGUAAAAGUAUUGUGCUGUGCCAACCAUCAGAUCAGAAGAGCACAUGAGCGUCCAAAUCCACCCACAGAGUUGUUACAAACCUUUGAAUAUUCGCUGACUGAUGCUGGAUUGUGUCCUCUUUUCUUCAAAUCUUUACAUCUAAGGUGACAAUAACAUUGUGUCAUAAAAGUCACAUUGAUGGGAAACACACAUAACCCACCGUUAUCUGAUCUGGUUUCCUGGUACCUCGCAGGUGCCAGGACGGCAUUUUAAAAAACAAGUCGGUAAUAAUCCAAAAGUUAACUUUGUAAUUUUGAUUUGAGCCAAACCACCUGCAGGCAUGAAACAGAAACCACUCACUUACACAUUGAUAUACUUUUCAAGGGCUAUUCCAUCUUACUGUAUGUUUACUAGGUAUGAACUGUUGAGACUAUGGCCCUUGGAUUAUUUCAAACUGGGUAGCAGCAUCAAGCUUUAAAAUACUUUAUGUCCCCACAUCUGAAGAAUUUCUAAAUUAAAAAGAAAUAUACUCUAUCAUGUAAAUGCCAAAGUCCUAAUAAUUGUUUGUGUUUCAGUUUGUCGUCUCAUUUGUUUCUGAGGCUCGUACUGUAAUUAUAUCGUUACCAAAUUGUUUCAGUGUUUUACUGUGACUAUGUUUAUGAUAGAGAAAAACGUGCUAUCUUUGCUAAAAAGUUGAAAAAGAGUCAUCUUACAAAAAUAUAUUGGAAUGCUAGUUUAAGAGUAUAUUUGAAUGUGUCCUUAUGAAAGCCAGUAAAUGGUAUUAUUGUAUGUUAAGUAACUUGAAUGACUUUUAAUAACUUACAUGUUUGCAACUCAUAGUUGACAUACUGGUAAUGAAUGUUUCUAUGGUAUUCUUUGUAUUGUCAGGACUGACUUACCUGUUUAGAGAUUUAUAUUUUCAUAAAUGUUGUACUUACAUUUUGUUACAGAGUUGUUUAACUGGAUUCAAACAGAAAAGAAACUUAUGUCUGAAGCAAUAUGAAACUGGUGUGUAUGCAUUGUUUGUAUGAAACAUUUUAGUGUAAUAAAAUGGUUCACUUUUUGCCUCCA